UCUUAGCGGGUUGUACUGUUGUACAGUUCUAAACUUUCAAAAUAUUUCUAAUUUCUAUACAAAUUAUAAAUAUUGGGUGCACGAGUCAUGACUAAAGUUUACUUACAGUUGGAAUACUAUAAUUUUGUUAAAUAUUGUAAAUAACGGAUUGAUGUCAAGUCYUUAACUAGAUUAACUACCUAUCUAACUUUAAUUAGAACUUUGUGUUCACUAGUCAAACAACAAACAUUAAACUGUACUAUUAAAUUUUAUAGAUAACUUUUUUCGAUCUUUGAAUGAUGUGUAAUAUUUUCCAAGUGGUUAGUACAAUAUAUUAUUGUACCUAAUUACUGUUAGUAACACCUGCGUAGGAUCUUGUAUUCUAUAAAGGAUACUACAGUUUACUGGUUUUCAUURUUUGUGAUCUGUUUCAUAUGAAAAGUAUGGCAUCUGCUACCAUCAUUGUGCGUCAUUUUCCUCCACAGCUUUCGUCUGAAGAAAAAGAAGAAUUUCUCAAAUAUUUUGGCGCUAAGUAUGUAAAAAUAUUGACAUCUAAAACRCAUCGAAGAUGUUUAGCGUAUGCAAGAUUUGAAUCUCAAGAGUUUGCCGAAGCUGUUAUCCAACGAUUGCAUCAAAAAGAAUUAUUGGGCUAUAGGUUGACCGUUGAAUUGUCUGCAAAUGAUCUUGAUACCAAUCUAAUGAAAUGUCCUAAACCACUACCAGUAACUGAAUGCAAUACAGACAAAAUAAAACAGUUACAAGAAGAUUAUUUAAAAAAAUUAAAUAGUUGGUCAGCUGCGAUCGACCUAAACCAACCUCCACCUCAUCAUCUGCACUAUAGUUAUCCCGAUCCAAACCYACACAUACUGUCAAAUAUUGCCAAUGCAUUAGCUUGCAAUCAGAAAUUCUACUAUCAAGUCUUACACUUGAUGAAUCGUAUGAACCUGCCAGCACCUUUUGAACCUGUCAUAGGUUACCCUCUGAAUAAGUGUAUGAAAAUAGAAACUGCAGAUAAGUAUACCACUACUGAUGAAACUGAUCCAGAGCUUUCAGAAUCAGAAAUGGAAAGUAAUGAUGAAAGUGAUCAUAAUAUAGAACCUAAAUUAUCUGUAUUGAAAAAGAAAAUGAACAAAGUCAUAAAACCUAAACGUUUAAAAAAUGUUGCAAUCACAGCAUCAAAAAAGCCCAAAGUUGAAUUGGCCAAUGUUUUUGACACUGUUGAAUGUGAGGUACCAAAGAAAAUUGAAGUCAAAGUAUCAGCAGAACUAAAACCGGCCGAGGGGCCAACUGCUGAUACUGAAGGAGGCUUUGGUAUAAUAUAUUCAGUAAAAAGUACAAACAAAGAAGAAGCUAAAAAAGAAAGUGAGUCAGAUGAUGAUAUAACAGGCGAUUGUAUUAGCAGAGAAGAAUUAGCUACUAAUAGAUUAUCAGAUAAAGAUAUGAAUAACAUGCCUAUUUUUAAGAACUAUUAUCCUGGAGCUCCGUCUUGUAGAUUAUAUAUAAAAAAUUUAGCAAAAACAGUGCUGGAUAAUGAUUUAAAAUACAUUUAUAAGAGAUUUAUCAAAUCUGACGAUCUUAAACCGGGAACUAUGUUUGAUGUACGAUUAAUGCAAGAUGGACGCAUGAAGGGUCAAGCUUUUGUAACAUUACCUUGUGUAGAAAAUGCUCAACAGGCACUGAAAGAAACUAAUGGAUAUAUUUUAAAAGACAAACCUAUGAUUGUACAAUUUGCUAGAUCAGCUACGGCAAAAUAAGUAUAAAUAUUUAAUAUUUAAUGCGCAGAAUUUAUAACCACUUGUACAUAUUAUGAWUAUAUUUAGAAUAUUAUAGAUUCAUACAUAAA